AUGCCUCUUUUUGGAACUCGUACUCGUCGUACUAAUUACACCACUACUACUUCACGACCGGCUCGUCGUGGGCUCUUUGGUGGUACCCGCCGUACCGCUCAUACCGGCACCGUUCGCCCUGCUCGGCGUGGCUUCUUCAGUCGAAGACCAGACAAAGACCGUGUUGCAGGUGGAUACAAGGUAGCUCUUGCCAAUCCUAACACGACACAUAGCGGGAGAAAGCAUGCUAAGCGCGAACUGAGAGCAAUGGGACGCGACACGCAUGUACCGUUCAUGACCAAAGUCAAGCGAACACUGGGAAUCCGUUCCACCCCUAGUAGAAGACGAACAACCUUGACCAAACGCACCGUUAUAUAA